AUGCACAGCACUCUCUCCUCCUCCUCCUCCUCCUCCUCCUCCUCCUCCCCCUUCUCCUCACCAACCCGCAUCCCGUCUCAAGACAGGUUCAAAAAGAGAACAAAUAGCUGGCUUGAAGAAAACCCGUGCCUAGGCGCACCACCACACGCAGCAGCUCGACCGUCGUUUCCAACGAUGUGCGCCGUGUGCCCCGCAGCAAGGUGGACCAGCGGCGGGGACUUGCGCGUGAAUUAGUAUAUAGUGAUAGUGGACUAGCGCUGCAUCUAUCGCACUACCUCUUCCCAUCUCCCCACCUGGACCCGGUGUCAAGACAUAGUCAAGAAGACCGGAAGCCGGGGAGGGGGACCGCAGGUGGAUGGCGUGGUCGAGACCGCACCUUGACGUUCCACUUCAUAACACCUGGUCCACACAACAAAUAAUUAGCUCUUCGACCAACAACAGCAGCAGCAGCAACAACAACAACAACGUCCCAACAGAGGUCAGAAGGACGAUGAUGAUGAUGAUGAUGAUGAUGAUGAUGAUGAUGAUGAUGAUGAUGAUGAUGAUGAUGAUGAUGAUGAUGAUGAUGAUGAUUGGGCAGCCAGGUUUCCUACCUGCAUCCCCAGCGGGAACGCAAGCACAUCUAUCGUCAGGUAA